AUGGAUUUUUUUUUUUUUAAAGCUGUGGCCCGCUGCGUCUAAAUUUAAAGGGCCCGCUGCCUUCCAGAAGUUAGUCUGAAGGGAAACUGUGGCUGCCUGCGUGGACCGCGAUUUGUCAUGGGACCUGUGCGGUUGGAAAUACUGCUUUUCCUCCUGGCAGCGUACAGUGCUUGGGCUGGGACUACGAAAAAGGAGGAAGAUGACACAGAACGCUUGCCCAGCAAAUGCGAAGUGUGUAAGCUGCUGAGCACGGAGCUACAGGAAGAGCUGAGUCGCACAGGCCGGUCUCGAGAAGUGCUGGAGCUGGGGCAGGUCCUAGACACAGGCAAGAGGAAGAGACACGUGCCUUACAGCCUUUCUGAGACAAGGUUGGAAGAGGCUUUGGAGAAUUUAUGUGAGCGGAUCCUGGAUUACAGUGUCCAUGCUGAGCGCAAGGGCUCGUUGAGAUAUGCCAAGGGCCAGAGUCAGACCAUGGCAACCCUGAAAGGCCUGGUACAGAAGGGGGUGAAGGUGGAUUUGGGGAUCCCUUUGGAGCUGUGGGACGAGCCCAGCGUGGAGGUCACGUUCCUCAAGAAGCAGUGUGAGACCAUGCUGGAGGAGUUCGAGGAUGCUGUGGGAGACUGGUACUUCCACCACCAGGAGCAGCCCCUGCAGCAUUUCCUCUGUGAAGGUCACGUGCUUCCAGCCUCCGAAACCGCUUGUCUACAGGAAACCUGGACUGGGAAGGAGGAGGUCGGUGACCGGCACGAGAAGGCAGAGGAGGAGGAGGAAGAGGAGAUAACCAAGACUUCAGGCGAUCCCAAGCAUGACCCAGAGGAUCUCUGAACCCCCAGGAGGGGCCAUGGCGUUUUCUAAACUCUGCCCCGUUCCCAUCCCAAGCCUUGUAACAGUCCUUUUCGUAUGACCUCAGGCAUGAUCCUGGGGACCCAGAAUGGCAACAUGAGAGGAGGAAAAGGUGGAGAGAAGCAGGGCCAAGUUCAGCCUCAGAGAGAGGCACAUGCAGCCAACUCCAUCGAGCGUGCGAGAGAGAGAGAGAGAGAGAGAGAGAGAGAGAGAGAGAGAGAGAGAGAGAGAGAGAGAGAGAGAGAGAGAGAGAGAGAGAGAGAGAGUGCGCCCUGUGUGUGUGUGUGUGAGCCAUGGGGCUGAAGCUUCCUCGAAUGCACUGGUUGGUCCUCACCUGCACUGACGGGUCAGUGACCAUGUGAGCUGUGGGGAAGUCACUUUGCUUUUGGAAGGGCCUAUUGUAGACCUUUUCAAGAGGCCACCGGAGGGCUCGGCUGGUAGAAUGUCAGCUAGCUCGGACCACACGAGACCUGAUGUGGCAAACCCGUCAUCUCAGCACUUGAGAAACGGAGGCACGCGUUAUCAGAGGUUCAAAGCCGUCAUCCUGCUCCGGGGCAGUUUCAGUUUAAGACCGACCGGAGCUACACGAGAACCUGCCUCAAAAUGAGAGGCCUAAAAGGGACACUCACCAGCCCCCAAACACCGCCCGCAAACGUGAGUCUUAACAAGAACAGGACACCGGAAGCCACGCUGAGACCCCGGGUGGGGCAGACGCGUUUCCUGUUUCACGUGUCGCCAGCUAGUAAACCUUUCUUUCUACUGA